UAUCAGCUGUGAAACAUGUUUGUUGCUUGUAUGUUUGUCACUCAAUUUUGUUGAGUUUAUUGUGUCAAUUGUUAGUGAUCAUAUCAAAAUUGUGCGAUAUUUAUUGAAAGUGUUAUCAUUGUUUACUGUGCAUCAUAGUUGUGUUCUUAUUCAUCAUCAAUCAUGGCUACGGCAGCUGCAACACUAACCGAAUCUGAAGAGGAUAAAUUAAAACAACAACAAGGAACAGCAUCUAAAUUAGCUCCAAAUGUUGAUAUUAAACCUAAGUUUUUAACCAGAGAAGAACGUGAAAAAUUGGCAAUUCAACGUCGAGAAGAACAGGCUGCUGCUAUGAAGAAAAAGAUUGAGGAAGCAAAUCGACAACGACAACAAUAUUUGGAAAAAUUAAGGAAAGAGAUGAGAGAUGAUCGAAUGGAUGAUUCAAGGGAUAGACGAGAUCGAAGAGGAGAUGAUAGACGUGGUAGAGAUCGUGACAGAGAUCGAGAAAAGGAAAGAGAUCGAGAUAGAGACAGAGAAAGAGAAAGAGAAAGAAUUGCUGAUGAUGAUGACAAUGAACCAAAGGAAAAGGAUAAAAAGCGGGAAGUUGAUGCAAUCAAGGAACGAUAUCUUGGUGCUGCAAGAAAGAAAAAGAGACUUCGUCGAUUAAAUGAAAGAAAAUUUGUCUUUGAUUGGGAUGCUGGUGAAGAUACAAGUGAUGAUUAUAAUCCAAUUUAUAAAGAUAGACAUACUAUUCAAUUAUAUGGAAGAGGUCAUAUUGCUGGUAUUGAUUUUAAGCAACAGAAGAAAGAACAAUCAAGAUUUUAUGGUGAAUUAUUGGAACGUCGACGAACUGAUGAAGAGAAAGAACAAGAAAAAUAUAGAUUAGAAAAGAUGAAAAAGAAGGAAGAGAAACAAACUUGGGAUGAUCGUCAUUGGACUCAAAAAGGUUUAACUGAAAUGAAAGAAAGAGAUUGGAGAAUAUUUAGAGAAGAUUACAAUAUUGCAAUUAAAGGUGGAAAAAUCCCGAAUCCAAUAAGAAACUGGGAUGAAUCAGGAUUACCUAAAGAAAUAAUUGAAAUUAUUAAUGAACUUAAAUACAAAGAACCAACUCCUAUUCAAAGACAAGCUAUACCAAUUGGAUUACAGAAUAGAGAUAUUAUUGGUGUUGCUGAAACUGGUUCUGGUAAAACUGCUGCAUUCUUGAUUCCAUUGCUUGUUUGGAUAACUGCACAACCAAAGAUAGUCCGUCAAGAGGAGAUUGACCAAGGACCAUAUGCAAUUAUUUUAGCUCCUACUCGUGAAUUGGCUCAACAAAUUGAAGAAGAAACUCUUAAAUUUGCUAAAGCAUUAGAAAUACGAACUGUUUCAGUAAUUGGAGGUUCUUCUCGAGAAGAGCAAGGUUUCAAAUUGCGAUUAGGUUGUGAAAUUGUUAUUGCAACUCCUGGUAGAUUAAUCGAUGUACUUGAAAAUCGUUAUUUGGUUCUAAGUCGAUGUACUUAUGUUGUUCUCGAUGAAGCUGAUCGUAUGAUUGAUAUGGGUUUUGAACCUGAUUUGAAAAAAAUUCUCGACUUUAUGCCUGUAACAAAUUUAAAACCAGAUACUGAUGAUGCUGAAGAUGAAGAUAAAUUGAUUGCCAAUUUUAAUUCAAAACAUAAAUAUCGACAAACUGUCAUGUUUACAGCAACAAUGCCUCCAAGUGUUGAAAGAUUGGCACGAGCCUAUCUACGUCGUCCUGCAAUGGUCACCAUUGGUUUAGCUGGUAAACCUGUUGAAAGAGUUGAACAAGUUGUAUAUCUUGUUGCUGAAUCAGAUAAACGAAAGAAACUCAUGCAAACUUUGUCAGCUGGUGUUGAACCUCCAAUCAUGAUAUUUGUCAAUCAAAAGAAAGGAGCUGAUGUAUUGGCUCGUAGUUUGGAAAAAAUUGGUUACAAUGCUUGUACUCUUCAUGGUGGUAAAGGUCAAGAACAGAGAGAAUUUGCUUUAUCUUCUUUGAAAUCUGGUGAGAAAGAUAUUCUUGUAGCUACUGAUGUUGCAGGUAGAGGUUUGGAUGUUAAAAAUGUUACUCUUGUCAUUAAUUAUGAUAUGGCUAAAAGUAUUGAAGAUUAUAUUCAUCGUAUUGGUCGUACUGGUCGUGCUGGUUUAACGGGUAAAGCUGUUUCUUUCUGUACAAAAGACGAUUCUCACCUGUUCUAUGAUCUCAAACAACUGUUGCAACAAAGUCCAGUAUCAUCAUGUCCCCCUGAAUUAGCUAAUCAUCCUGAUGCUCAACAUAAACCAGGAGCAUCCACAGGACAGAAAAAGAGAAAAGAUGAAACUAUUUUUGUUUGAUCAACAUACAAUUUGUAUAAUCUAACUAACUAACUUAUCUGAUCAUAAACAGCAUUUUAUAAAUGCUCCAAUUUAUAAAAUAAUGUCUCUUUCAUGAUUAAUAAACUUAUUCUUUUACAAA